CUGGAUUUUGAGUACAGCGCUGAAUGCAUUCCCGGACCUGGUUGUCCGUCCUCAUGGUUCGAGGAAGAGCUGCAAGGGUGUUCGUGUGAAGACCAAUGCACCUCUACUUCAGGAUGCUCUUGUUUAUUAGGAGCCGAGGACAAUUACAGUUCCGAAAAGAUUUACGAAGAGAAACUGAGUGGAGCUCCCGUUAUUGAAUGUGGCGAAAACUGUAGAUGUUUGUCCAAUUGUGCUAAUAGGAUGCUCCAGCAUGGCAUCACUCUGAAACUUGAAGUUUUUGUUCACCAAAAUGGCAAAGGAUUUGGCGUGAGAGCUGCCGAGCUCAUUAAAAGAGGUAGUUUCGUAUGUCAGUACGCGGGGGAAAUAAUAGGGAAAGAGGAAGUAGAGCUUCGAGCUACUACCCGUCGUUUUCAUAACUACGUUUUUACUGUAAAAGAGCAUUGUAAUGGAGACACUAACUUCACUUAUAUAGAUCCUAAAUACAGAGGGAAUCUAGCUCGUUUCAUCAACCAUAGUUGUGAACCGAACUUGCUCAUUGUGCCUGUUCGAGUAUCUAGGCCUGUUCCUCUUAUCGGACUAUUUGCAUCUAGAGACAUUGACAUUGGUGAGGAGUUAUCUUAUGACUACGGAUUACCAGAACAGAUGAAUAACCUGAAGAAAUGCUUGUGUGGGACAGCAUCAUGUCGUGGUUACCUUCCAACCACAAUAACUGCAUCUGAAUAA